UCACUGACUUCCCUCUCUUCUCUCUCUCUCUCUCUCUCUCUCUCUCUCUCUCUCUCCAUCAGACACAGAACGCAGCCUUUCGGUUCUCAUUUUCUUCUCUCACUAAGACCGCUGUCUCUCUCUCUAGAGUAUUCUUUCUGCUCUUUUACGGUGCCGUUUUGAAGGCCGAGGAGGAAGGGUUCGGUUCGAUCACGUCAGGUUCGGAUAUCGCGUGUUUGUAUGCGGAAAGUGGGCUUCUUUUGGGGAUUAUAAAGAAGUUAAUGGUUCGAUUUUUGUUAUUAUUCUAGGAAAUUUGGAAUUUUAUUAGCCUUUCUAGUAGACUGCAAACAUUGUGCUGGAGUGAUGGUGAUGAAACUGUUUAUUGAUUUAUGCAUUGGAAAAUGUGAUUGAAAGUUGCUGUACACUGCAGAGAGUUGAAAUUUUUGUUGUGUUUGAUAUGGGGUCUGCUUGUUGUGUCGCUUCUAGAGACAAAACCAUACAGAAUGGACCUGGUAGUGAAAUAUUUCACAGGAAUGUUCGGUACUCACCAUCGUGGAGCUUUCGGUGGGAAAAUAGAGGCCGAGUAGCAGGGGAAGAGGUUUCUUUAAGUUGGCUAUCAGAUGGGAUUAGCCGGAAUGAUGGAUCAGACAUCAAAUAUGAGUCGGCAUUUGGAUCAGAAGAGGGAAGUCCAUCGGAGAGUUUUCGCACACGUAGAUGGCAGAAGUCCCCACUUUCUGAAGAGACUGCUGGCCUUGCGAGAACUCCUGCUUCAGAUCAAUCUAUUUCAAGGAAUACCUCAAUGGAUGUCAGUUUGGAACAGGUAAAGGAGUCAACUGAGUCCCCUGCAGCUUCUCAUCCAUCUCCCAUGAAAUUAUCACUUUCAUUGCCUUCAACAUCAUCCUUAUCGACAUCUCCUUUAUCGUCCAAGUGUCACCUGCAACCUGGCAGCUCAACCAGACCUGCGACACCUAGGUGGCUGCGGUCCUCUCCAAGGCAUCAUCUAUUGCGGCAGGUAUCUGAUGUCCAAAUGCCAGAAUUGAAGUCACCUGCUAGGAACUCAGCAAUUGAAGAAAGGCCUGCAGUUCCAUCAUGGAGCAAUGAAUCCACUCGGGGUUCCCAAGGUGGUUCCUCAGAUGGCUGGUCCAUGCAUGCUUUUUCUGAGCUCAUGGCGUCUUCACAUAGAGAUCGUUGGUCUUUUGACAAUGAUCCCUUUGGCUUUAACGGUGAGAAGAUGACUAGAUAUGGUAGCCAAAUCUUGGCUUCUCCCUCUGUUGAUCUGCAAUCUUGUGGGGCUUGCUCAAAGCUGUUGUCAGAAAAAUCCUUUUGGAGCAGCCAGAAGAUCUUUGCCAAUAAUGAACUUUCUGUAGUUGCUGUUCUAACUUGUGGGCAUGUUUACCAUGCUGAGUGUUUGGAGAAUAUGACACCUGAAAUUGACAAAUAUGACCCUACAUGCCCUGUCUGUACAUUUGGCUCGAGGAAGACCCUUAGGUUGUCUGAAAAAGCUUUGAGAGCAGAGAUGGAAAUGAAGGUUAGAAACAGGAUAUCAAGGAAUAGGGUUGUGGAUAGUGAUCUUGAUAUCAAUUCUGUUGCGUUUGAUCGUCUAAAAGGCAGCAGGCAUGAAGGAAGGGGUCCCAAGUUGGCCUCCAGUUCAAGCACAAAAAGCUCUGCAGCAAGACCUUUUUUGAGGAGUCACUUUUCUUUUGGGUCCAAGGGAAGUAGAUCCCCUAUAAACAAUCAGCCCAGCAGAAAGAAGGGAUUUUUCUGGACCAGAUCUGGGAAGAUAUGAACAUCUCAGCUCUUAAGAGUUGCUGGGACUCAAGUGGGCUUGGUGUUAUGAUUACACAGAUUCUGGUGCUGUUCUUCUCUAGCAAUCUCCCUUGGAUAGGGGAUGGUGAACAGUAUAACAUCAUCAAAGGCUAUUGUGUAACCUCUCCAUCUGGGAAGGCAUGCAUAUUCUGAAAUCUCACAAGAUUAGCUUCUGGGGUUUACCCUGUAAAGACAAGAUGAAGGAAUAUAUAUGUAUGAAUGACUUCUUAAAUAUGAAGGGGAAAUUUAUAGAAUGAGAACAGUAGUAGGUCAUUACGCAGGUGGAGUCCAGUUAUUAUUUUGUACAGAUUGAUUUGUAUCUUACUUGGGUACAUGCUUGAAUAUUGGAUUCAAAAGAAAUUUCUGUACAUGGGCUACUAGCCACUGGUGAAUUGAGCUAAGAAAGUUCUGGUGGUCUAUCCAAUUAAUGUCCCCAUAGGGGAGAUUUUAUCAUCAACAAGUUUGUUUCAGUCAAAGUUUAGGUUUUAGGCAAAUUUCAGUUCCUUUAGUUCUUCAUAGUACAUUGGAAGAUCCUUUGGUUCUUCAUAGUACAUUACUUGUGUAGGAUCAAGUUCUUGAACAAUGGAUCGAUACAUUUUAAGUUAGGAUAAAUUGAAGUUUCAUUUUCCA